UGUUUGCAGCCUCCCCGCCCUAUUGGACUCGCGGAAGCCACAGGAAAGCAGAAGGCAACAUGACCGAAGCGGGGGCGACUGUUCAUGUAAUGCGACGACCGCAAUGAUUGAGAAAGAGAGAUAGAGAGACGGAAAUGUGCGGCGCGGCCAAAUUAUUGAGGCUGCUUCAGGGCUGCAAUAGCAUGGAUAGGCUCCGCAAGAUCCACGCCCAGGUGCUGCUCCAAGGCUACCAUGGCCACCCCGCCGUCUCUGCCAAGCUCCUCUCCUUCUGUGCCACCUCCGCCGCCGGCGACCUCGCCUACGCCCGCCUUCUCUUCUCCGGCAUCCUCCGCCCCACCACCGACCACUGGAACGCCCUCAUCCGCGGCUCCUCCCGCAGUCCCGCCCCACUCGACGCCCUCUCCCUCUACAACGCCAUGAUGCGACGCGCUUCCUCCCGCCCGGACGCCUUCACCUUCUCCUUCCUCCUCAAGGCCUGUGCCCUCGCGAAAGCCGAUCCCAAGUGCCGCGAGGCCCACGCCUCCAUCGUCCACUCUGGGUUAUCCUCCCACGUCAUCGUCGGCACGAACCUGGUCCGGGCUUACGCGGACAACGGGUCCAUCGACGAAGCGAGGAGGGUGUUCGACGAAAUCCCUGACAAGGACCUGGUGGCCUGGAAUUCCAUGAUCUCGUCCUUUUGUCACGCCGGUCUCCAUGAGGACGCCUUGAAGGUCUACGACAGGAUGAGGCAAUCGGGCGUUGGCCUUGAUGAGUUCACCGCUGUCGGGUUGCUCUCUUCCUGUGCUCACUUGGGUGCCUUGGGUUUUGGUGUCCGGAUUUGCAAAUUUGCCGAGGAAAAUGGGUUCUUGCGGCGGAACGUGUUCGUGGGUAAUGCACUGAUAGACAUGUACGCCAAGUGCGGCAGAUUGGACGAGGCUCGUAGGGUCUUCGAUGGGAUGAGGAGGCGGGACAACUUCACAUGGAACUCGAUGAUCAAUGGGCUGGGAAUUCAUGGUCAUGCUGACAAAGCCAUCUUGCUUUUCCAGAGGAUGCUGAUGGCUGGAGUCCGACCCAACUCCAUCUCGUUCCUUGGCUUGCUAACGGCGUGCAGUCACCAUGGCCUAGUGGAUGAUGGCCUCAAAUAUUUUCAGAGGAUGGGUUCUGCUUACAAUAUAAAGCCAGACCUCAAGCAUUAUGGAUGCAUGGUGGACAUGUACGGGCGAGCUGGUAAGCUGGAUGAGGCGCUUGAGUUCAUACAUAGUUCGCCUUUCAAGGACGAUCCAGUCCUUUGGCGAAUGCUACUGAGCGCAUCCAGGAUCCAUGGAAGCGUGGUGAUGGGUGAGAUAGCCAUCCAAAAUCUUAUUGAAAUGUCAGCUAAUAAUGCAGGGGACUGUGUUCUUCUUUCUGAUAUCUAUGAGCAUGCCGGUGACAGCCAAGGUGUGGCUAGGAUGAGGAAAAUGGUGAAGGAUCAAGGGAUUAAGACAACUCCUGGCUGGAGCUGGAUAGAAAUUCAUGGCGAAGUUAGGAAAUUUGUGGUUGGUGAUACUUCACAUGCUGAGAGUGAGGAGAUAUAUAAGAAGUUAGAGGAGAUGAUUAGUCGAGCAGCUUCUUUGGGUUAUGCAAUGGAAAGAUCUGCAGAAUGGCUCGAGAACUUUGUAGACAGCACAACUGACUAUCAUAGUGAGAUGUUGGCUAUUGCUCUUGGGCUACUGAGAACUCCCAAAGGGACAAGUCUUCGAAUCGUGAAGAAUUUGAGGGUGUGUAAGGCCUGUCAUUCUCUCACUAAAUAUGCUUCCAGGAUAUAUGAUCGAGAAAUUGUUGUUAGGGAUCGGGUGCGAUUUCAUCAUUUCAAGGAAGGCAUUUGUUCUUGCAAUGAUUACUGGUAAAACUCGAUAUGACAAAUAAUUGGGAAAGAAAAGGCAUUUGGAGGUUGAAAUUUUCGGAAGAAAGGGGAUUCAAACAGUAAACAAAAUGCUGAAGAUUCUGAUUCACUUGGAACAAGCAGAAAGAGAAAGACUCUGACCUGGUCAUGCAGAAUUAUUGUGGCAAUUCAAACUCCAAGAAUCAAUUUGUUUCUCAAUGAAUCUGCUUAUGUUUUCCUCUAAAGGUACCUACCAUCAACUGUCAUCUUGAUCAGGUAUUCCAAAGGAAUUUAGAAUCCUAGGUCUAUCAUCUGAGACUCACAUCAGGAACUCCGGUUUUCUUAUGAACAUGCAGUCGGUUCUUUUGUUCCAGAACAGACCAUUACUCGAUGAGAGCUAAAGAUAUGACGGCCUCACUUGAGCCUCCUUUUCCCAUUUCAAAAUUUUCGGAAUUCUUCUUGGUCCGAUGAGCACUUACAUGUACUGCAUUCUCAGGUUCAUUUCUUUCCAAACUUUUUGCCAACAAUUAUUGGAUAUUCUAUUAAGCAAGUCAAGUUUGUUCUCUCUUUUAACUGUACAAUUGCUAUAUUGAUGCUGUCAUUCUUAUCAUUCUGGCCAUUUUUAGCUCCAUUUUUCACUACUGCAUAUUUGAUUUCCUGAUUAUAAAAUC